UUUCCUCGGUUAUUAGCGUGCUUUCUUUUGCUGUUACCUAUAACUCUAGAAUUCUGGGAACCCCAGUUAUUAAAUCUCAGAGUUACAAUGGGCAGAAGUAGUAGUGUUUUAGAAAGUGAGAUUAGAAGAGCAAAAGAGGAAGCUCAACAUUGGAAGUUGAGUUGUUUGGUUCUAAAAUACCAAAAUGCGGAGCUUAAAAAUCAGCUUGAAGUUGGUAAAGGUAAAUAUAAUGAGUUAUAUUUGGAGUCUGAGAAGAAGAAAUCGGAGUGUGGUGAAGUUAAGAAAACGUUUGAAACCCUAAUUGUGGAUUAUAAUAGAAUGUGUGAUAAACUAAACGAACGAAUUGAACCGAGUAUGAUAACCUACAGGAGGAAAAGAAAUGUAGGUGAUCAAAGGAAUAAGUGUGUUAAACUCGAUCGGGAAAUUGAAACUUUUAUGUGUGGGAAGAAAAGAGCAACCUUGUCGCGAAAUCAUGAAAUUGAAUUGGAAGACUGUAAAAUCAAGUGUCAUGGUUUGGCAGCAGAACUCAAGGGGAAGGAAAUGGAGUGUGUUGGGUUUGAGAGUACAGUGAAGAGCCUAAUGUUGAUCAAGGAUGCUCUAGAUGAGGAGAUUAAGGAAUACAGGGCCAGAUGUAUUGGAAUGGAAGAGAAAAUCACGGGUUUAAUUGAAGAACGGAAGGGUAUGUUUCAAAGAGAGAAGAUGGCAUUGGAAAGAAUUGGUUACUUGGAAGAGGUGGCGAAGAACAUGAAGAGUGAUAAAACAGAAAGAACAAGAAACUUGCGAAAUGAAGUUUCUCGUGGGUAUAUACUGAAGAAAUGUGUGAGAAAAAAAACUUGCAGGACAAUUGGCAGUAGUGUCACUCACUUAACUAAAGCUGAAAUGAUUUGUACUUCUGCUUUUCAACCUAGUAUCUAUCCUUCUCCAGUUCAAGGAAACAUAGAAGAUAUACAUGUCGCAGGUACUAUGGAGAUCAGUGACAGCGAGGAUACCAAAACAUCCUUGUAACAUUAAAGGUGCCGAAAUAGAUCAUUUAUCAACUGACUAAACCUCAAACCAUCCUAGAAGUAUCUAAAGAGGCAAUUGAUAAUUCAGAGAGAUGCAGUGCAGAAUGUGAAAGCCUUUGACAAGGAUAUCAACUGCCGAAGCUUGAAGAAGCAAUGCUCUUCUUCCAAUAUAUCAACAGUUCUAAUUGAAGGGUACUAAUGACAUUUACAAGCCCUAUAAUCCCUGACGAUAUCUGGGCCCCAUUGGAUUCCUGUAAAUUGCUGGAAUACUUGCAUCAUUAUACCAUAACGUCUACUAGAAGGUUGUGUAAGUUUGGAGAUCAAACUCUGAGCUUGAUGAUAUUCCUCGUCAACACUUUUUGUUCGUCGUAUUUUCUCAAGGAUUCAGAUUUACGAUUGAGAAGGUGAAGAUUCAGAUUUACGAUUGGUGUGUAGGCACAAAUGUUUUUGAUGGCAUUUCUUUAAACCAGGUGAUUAACAACUGGGAGGGUGUUCUAGGUCCUGUGUAGUGUUUUAUUUUUCAACUCUUGUUUUUACAACAAGUUGUGGUUUUUUGUGUCUCUAUUAUAACUGAGCACUCUCUGUAACUUGUAGCUUCUCACCAUCUUGGUGGUCAAGCAACUUUUUUCUUAAUACAUUGCCCUUUGCGUCAA